AUGUUAUUGAAUGUAAAUUUACAUACUGAAUAUAUUCAAUCGUUCAAAACAGAAAAUGAAUCUCAAUCAGAAUUUAUUGUAUUUCGUGGACAAGAAUUACGAAAUCUAAAAGAUAAUGUUAAUGGUCGAAUUGCCAUGAACAGUUUGCUUUCUACAAGUACAUUGAGUAAUACUGCAUUUGGUUUUGCUGGUAAUAGAAUAAGACGUCCAUUAAUUGAAUCAGUUUUCUUUAAAAUUCAUUUAUUAUUUACACUAGGAGCAAUAUUUCAAAUAAAUUUUGUUGAAGAACUUACAGAUUCUAUUUGGCAUGUUAAACUUACUUUAUGUGAUAAUAAUGAAAUUGAUUUAAAUCUUAACGAAUUAAUUGAUAAUAUAAAAAGUGAUAUCGUUGAUAUACCAGAUACUUCUUCUUUAGCUAAAAUUCUUAUCGAAAUAAAUGAACUUGAUAAAGCUAAAUAUCUUCUCAAUUUAAUUUUAAAAGAUUUACUAUUAGAUCAUUGUGAUAGAAUAAGUAUUAAAAAUAAUAUUGGUACUAUACAUUUUACAAAUGGAAAUUAUGUAGAAGCUUUGAAAUGUUACAAACAAG